ACCUGAGUUGUUCCCUGUGGGGCACAUCUGUGUUUCCUCAGCGUCACCUGUAUGUUGCUGCUAGAUUCUGUCUCUUUUAGUCUUUUUCAGCUGUCCCUUCUGAGACAUAUUACACAGUAUACGUUAUAUUGUGGAUAUUUUUUCCCUCCUGUUGGCUUCUUCCAGGAGACUCAUGGCUAGAUGGCUGAAGUGUCUGUGGUACCACAGAAACUACAUCAUCAUCGUUGUCACUCCAAUUGCCCUCCUUCCUCUGCCACUCAUCAUCCCCACAUCGGAAGCCAGAUGUGGUUAUGCCAUCAUCCUCAUGGCUCUGUACUGGUGUACGGAGUGUAUGCCUCUACCUGUGACGGCCCUGCUGCCAGUCGUCCUCUUCCCCAUGAUGGGCAUCAUGAAGGCCGCAGACGUCAGUAUUGAGUACCUGAAAGAUUCCAACAUGCUGUUCAUUGGUGGCCUGUUGGUGGCCAUCGCAGUGGAGUACUGGAGCCUUCAUAAGCGCAUCGCUCUGCGAGUUCUGCUGGUGGUCGGCUUCCGCCCGGCCCUGUUGAUGCUGGGCUUCAUGGUCGUCUCGUCCCUCCUGUCCAUGUGGAUCAGCAACUCGGCCACCACAGCCAUGAUGCUGCCCAUAGCGCAGGCCGUGCUGGAGCAGCUGAAGGCCACAGAGGCUCUGGCGGACCAGCGAGAUUUACAGGCUGCAGCCGAGGAGAACCCCGCGUUUGAGCUGGAGAGCAGACAAACUAAAGAGGAAAAGGUGGAGGAGAAACAGCCAGACGACAACGUCCAGCUGGAGGAGGGAGAGGAUGACCAUGAGCGGAGGGCGGACUCGCUGCAGGAGUCCCAGAGAAAAGCAAGGGAGGGGAAGUACCAGCACCUGACCAAAGGGAUGAGUCUGUGUGUGUGUUACUCUGCCAGCAUCGGAGGCACGGCGACGCUCACCGGCACGACCCCGAACCUCAUCCUUAAGGGUCAGGUCGACGAGCUCUUCCCAGGGAAUGAUGAUGUCAUCAACUUUGCCAGCUGGUUUGUCUUCGCUUUUCCCAACGCGGUGCUCAUGCUGGUGUUUGCAUUUCUCUGGCUUCAGUUUGUGUUCCUGGGCUUCAACGUGAAGAAGUCCUUUGGCUGCUGCCUGAAAAGCAGCAGGGAAAAGGAGGCGUACGCGGUGAUGAGGCAGGAGUACAACAAGCUGGGGCGCAUGACGUUCGCCGAGUGGGCAGUGCUGACCAUCUUCGUCCUGCUGAUAGGCCUGUGGUUCACCAGGGAGCCGGGCUUCAUUGACGGCUGGGCGACAGUGCUCUUCAAUAAGGGGGGGCCAUUUGUGUCCGACGGAACCGUCGCUAUCUUGAUGUCGAUGCUGUUCUUCGUCAUCCCCUCCCAGAUGCCCCGGUCCGGAGGCUACGGCAACGACAGCGAAGGUAAGCUGGUAAAAGCUCCCCCCGCUCUGCUGAACUGGCAGGUAGUCCACGAGCGGAUGCCCUGGCACAUCAUCCUGCUGCUGGGAGGAGGCUUCGCUCUGGCUGCUGGAAGUGAGGAGUCGGGUCUGUCCAAGUGGCUGGGAGAAAGCUUGGCACCUCUGCAGCAAAUUCCUCCCUACGCCAUCUCGCUGCUGCUCAGCAUGCUGGUGGCCACAUUCACAGAGUGCUCCAGCAACACGGCCACCACCACGCUGUUCCUGCCCAUCCUGGCCUCAAUGGCUGUAGCUAUUAAGAUACACCCGCUGUACGUGAUGAUCCCCUGCACCGUCGCUGCCAAUCUGGCCUUCAUGCUGCCCGUGGCCACACCGCCCAACGCCAUCGCCUUCGCUUUUGGAAAACUCAAAGUCAUGGACAUGGUUAAAAGCGGCUUUGUGCUGAACAUCAUCGGGAUAUUGACCGUUAAUUUAGCCAUCAACACCUGGGGACACACUUUGUUUGACUUGGGAACCAUACCUCAUUGGGCCAACAGUACCAAGAGAAAACCCUGAGUGGGGGAAGACGGCGAGAGGGAUACGGAAAACAGGAACGACACAGGAUAUUUUUUUUAAGAAACUAAUCUUUUUGAAGGGUUUUUGACUUAGGCUACUUGUAAAGAACAUCAAUUCUAUAAUCAGACCAUAUGUAUUUAGUACUUCGUAUCAUUUCAGUGACAGAACAAAACACAUAAGCUUUCCCAGUACACACCUACUUGGUUGUGACGCCAUCGUUUCGAUCUAUUCAUCACACACAGAGGCCUCAAAGAUGCAGUACGCUGAGGUAUGACGUGUUACGAAUGUGAAAAUGAGUGGGAACUGAAUUAAUCGCAUUAGUUGAUUUAACUUAUUAUUGUGGUAUUCUGUUGUUACUCUCUGUUCUAUUGUUUCACAUUUUAUUUUUUAUUAUUGUACUUCUCGCAUUGUUUUAUGAACAAGUAUUGCUUACGUUUGUUUUUCUAAAUUAUUCAAAGUAAAAGCAGAGAAGACAUGCGCAACGUUCAUAAUUGCACCGCAAUUGUGAAAUUACAGCCAGCAGUUUAUUUUACAUUAGUAUGAAAUAAGGAAUAAAGGGAACGCGUUGGCUUUGACUUAUGUUAAACACUCACUAAUUGACAUGUUUGUUUAAUGUGUACAGAAAGUGUAAAAAUCUUAUCUAUCAAACUAUUUAUUUUCUGAUUGAACAAACAAGAUAUCAUGUUUUAACAAUGAGCAUUCUGGGUUCUGGUAGCUUGUUUGAAAAGGCUGUUUGAAGGUUAACUUUGAGAUAAAAAACUGGCACAAGACGGUUGUGUUGGAGGUCAGUAUCUACUGUAGUUGUUCCAGGUAAAUGUUAUAUACUGUACAUGGAUGGGAUGGUAACAACCACGUUUAUGUACCAGAGCUAUUUGUAUUCUGAAGUAUAAAAUAUCUCACUCACAAAA